AUGUUGCUCUUCCAAGCGUUAUUUCUGUUCGCUGCCUUUGCAUCUUCAACGACUCAGCAAGAUCUGUUCACCACAGAUUUUGUCUGGGAUGUCGUCAAGACCAGCUUCCACGAGCGCCAGAACAUGGUCCUCUCGCCGUUCGUGAUUCGCGCCGGAAUGACGAUGAUGGCAAGUUCGGUCAACAGUCACUUUACGAUGCAAAAGCUGAGCCAAAAGCUUCGGCUGCAGGGUGUCAGCAUGGCGGCGGUGCUGGAGCAGUUCCGGCGCCGGCUGCAGCUGCUGGCCAUGGACCGGGAUGUGCGAAUCGGCACCAAGGUGUACGUGUACGGUACGAGCGACCUUAAUCCGAACUUUGCCGCUGGAGUGCGCUACUUUAACGCGGGUGUUGAGAAACGUGCCCAGUUGGAAGUUGGUCAGUUGGCUAGGGAGGCCAACGAUUGGGCGAACUGGACGACCUCGGGAAUGGUCACUAGGGUGGUAAAGUCUAGUGAUAUUCGAGACAACACCCGAUUGGUUCUGCUGAAUGCGAUCACGUUCCGUAGCGAGUGGCAACAUCGAUUUGAGCUGAAAAACACCAGAAAGGAGUUGUUUUACUCUACCGGGACAGGCCAGCCGUUCAUGACCGAUAUGAUGAACCUUCGGAGCAUUGAACUUCCCUAUGGAUACUAUGAACCGCUGAACGCUCUCUCGAUAGAACUGCCGUUCAAAACUGGUAGCGAUUACUCCUUGGUGGUGAUCAUCCCGGUUGAUAAAAGUGGCAAUUUGACUCAGCUAGUACAAAACCUGGAUCACGAAACUUUCAAAAAAAUACAAAACAGUAGAAUCAAACAAUCGGUACACGUUAAACUUCCCCGGAUCAAGCUCACCGCCGAGGUGAAUGUGAACGACGUUUUCCGGAAGUUGCACCUGACGGCACCGUUCGAGUGGUCCGUGUUUCAGGUGUUCAAGGACGAGAAGCUGGCCCUGGAUAAGGCCAUGCAAAGCGUUUCGGUGGAGAUUGACGAGAGAGGGGCUCGAGCUGCGGCGGUUUCCAGUAUGUCAUUCACCAGCAGAAGUGCCACUCCGACGUUCUAUGCUGAUCAUCCCUUCCUGUAUGCGAUUGUGAAAAAAUCUCAACAGUAUCCGUUAUUUGUAGGAAUAUUUGCAUUCCCAAUAAAUAAGAGCCUGUAA